AGCUGGGUAAACAACAUGGCUGCGGGAUCCAGCGGUGCGGGCAUCGAGCUACAGAAAGAGUUGAUUUGUGCCAUCUGUCUUGACUACUUCAACGACCCGGUCAUUCUCAAAUGCGGACACAAUUUCUGCAAGUUCUGCAUCCUGAUGCAUUGGGAGGAGAACGGAGGAGAGGACGUCGGUUAUCAAUGCCCCGAGUGCCGAAUGAUAUUUAACAAGAUCAGCUUCACCAAGAACUACCUGGUUAAGAACCUUGUUGAUAAGCUGAGUGGGUUGGAGUGUCUGAAGCCCUGUGAGCAGCCGGCUCCGUCCAAGCGUGUCCAGAUAGAUGGGAAAUGCGACAGGCAUGGAGAGGAGCUGAAGCUCUAUUGUCACACCGACAAAAAACCCAUCUGUGUGGUGUGUAGGGAGUCCCGGGCACACAGACACCAUGAUGUGGCUCCUGUUCCAGAGGUCCUUGAGGAUAUGAAGAGCGAACUGCGUCUGAGGCUGGUGGAAUUAACAUGGCACAAGACUGUGUGUACCAGAGUGAAGGCUGUGGAUGAGCAGACCAAGAAUGAAGCCAAGUUAAAGAAGCUGAAGCUGAAGGAGAAGAUUGAAGAGGAUGUGGGAUCUCUAGUCCAGUUCCUGUUGGAUGAGAAGGAUGACCUACUGGAGGCUCUGGAUGCUGAGGAGGGGACUGUCAUAGGGAUGAUAGAUGACAACCUGAGGUGGGUGGAGACCGAGGUGGUAGCUGUGGACAAACACAUGGCCCAGAUACACAACCACAUCAGAGGAAACACCAGCUUCGAGAGCAUCACUGAGACAUACAAAAACCCUCUAAAGGUGAGCCCGCUCAUCUCAUCUGUUAACUGUUCUGGUGACUGGAUGAAUGAGUUCUCCGGGCCCCAUCAGCUGAUCUUGUGGAAAAGGAUGAUGCACGUGUUGCACACCAUGCCCCAGAACCUGACCCUGGACCCAGACACGGCUCACCCUAACCUGGCCAUCACAGACUUCGACACCAAGGUAGAGGAGGUGUGUACCCGUAGCCAGGAACCAGACCUGCCUCAGCGCUUCACUCGCUUCUGUGGCAUUCUGGCCACCGCACAAUACUCCAGUGGACAACACUACUGGGAGGUGGAUGUGAAGGACAAGGGCGUAUGGUACCUGGGGGUGACAGGGGAGUACAGUCCCAGGAAGGGUUUCGUCAACCUGUGUCCAUCCUCCGGCUACUGGAGCCUCAGUCUGCAGGACAGGCUAUAUGCUAACGAGGAGGAUGCCAAGAUACCUCUGGCCGACUACUGGAACUCACCGAGGGUGGGCGUGUACCUGGACUACGACGCAGGACGCGUGUCCUUCUACGACGCAGUCACCAUGAAGAAGUUGUACAUGUUUGAGGCGUACUUCGAAGAGCCGGUAUCUCCUUUCUUCAGCCCAGGGAAGAACGAUCCUGGGAGCAGACUGCAGAUCUGUCAUUACUACUGAGAUGGCGGGGGGAGGGGAGGUGCCUGGGUAGAAGAUUAGGCCUACAGCCAAUUCUGAGUGUGUGUGGCUACUCAUUACAGAUUCACUCUUGAUGACAGCAUGGAGGGGGUGUGUGUGUGCCUGGGUAGAAGAUGAGGCCUAUAGCCAACCGUGUGUGUGUGUGUGUGUGUGUGUGUGUGUGUGUGUGUGUGUGUGUGUGGCUACUCAUUCGAGAUCCACGAUUGAUGAUCAACCAUUCUAGAAUGGUACUGAUUCUGUGGCUUUGUGCCCGAGCCCCUGGAGUGUUCUAGAACGGUACUGAUUCUACUGUGGUGGGGGUUCCAGAGUGUCUUGUUCAAUUGUGAUUGUAGAAUUUCUAAAAUGGAAACAAUUAAAAUGAAAGACUCCCUUGGUGGUUGUGUGUGGCACCACAGGGACUCGUGACUGAUUCAUGACAUCACGUUGGCAAGACAGUUGCCUUUCUCCUAAAGGACACCAAGACACGGCCUUGCACCGUUGGUCAGCUGCAGAGGGUGACCGGACUUCACGGUGUGGUCUGACCUCUAAAAGCUGUGAUAGGAAAUGCAUGCAUCUCGUAUGGCACCCUAUUCCCUAUAAAGUGCACUACCGGGGUCCAUAGGACUCUGGUAGAAAGUAGUGCACCAUAUUCAUUCAUUUAUUUUCCCUUUUAUUUAACUAUGCAAGUGGGUUAAGAACAAAUU